AUGAAUCUUUUACCUUCAUCUACAAUUCGGCUGAUCGCUAGUUCACAAGUGAUAACCUCCGUUAGCUCAGUAGUGAAAGAACUGAUCGAGAAUUCUCUUGAUGCUGGAGCAUCAAGCAUUGAAAUCAAACUGGUAAGAUUUCUUUUUUUUGGCUCAUUUUUGAUUGCAUUUAUAAUAUAUUUUUUUUCUUAUCACUGGAAAAUCCAUGUUGUACAUGUUCGUUCAUCAAAUAAAUUAAUAAGCUACAUGUAAGUGAGAUCAAUUUGUUCUCCGGGAAGUUAACUAAUUAAAAGUAUAUAUCGCUCACGACCAAGGUUCAGUUUGCGAAUAAGUUUGUUUGGUUUUGGAUUGCAACUAUUUUCUCCCUAGAGGAAAAACUACUGGUUGACAAUCUUUCCUUGUUACCCUCAAGGGUGUUUGAGUGUCUAACAGCUGUUUUGAUGAUUACCUUUGAAGCAAAAUUUUUACUGGUAGCUCUUACUUUAUCUAUUUUCAGGACGGCUGGGGAUUGGAAAGAAUUGAAGUUCGAGAUAAUGGUUGUGGUGUGAAACCAGAUGAUGCUCCCUACUUGGCCAAACCCCAUUACACGUCAAAAAUUUUAACUGAUGAUGACUUGAAAUCCCUGCAAACGUACGGUUUCCGCGGUGAGGCUCUAGCCUCGCUCUCAUCUGUCAGCAAUUUGUCUAUAUUGACAAAAACAGAAUUUGAAGAAGUUGGCAUGUUGUACACAUUAGAACAUGAUGGGAAGAUUGUAGCCACCAAACCAAAACCUACCACAACUGGGACAACAGUUACAGCAGCAAAUUUAUUUAAAAACCUCCCUGUGAGAAAACAGUUUUCAAGCAACACCAAAAAAUGUAAAGAAGAGUUGAAAAGAGUGGAGGACUUGGUGAUGGCAUAUGCAAUUAUAUGUCCAUCUCUGAGGAUCAUUUUGCGUCAUAACAAGGCAGUCGUCUGGCAGAAGAGUAAAGUUGCAGAUGAGCGAACAGCAUUAUUGACUGUGUUUGGAACAUCUUUGUUGGCACAAAUGGGUUCAGUAGAAUAUCAUGAUAAAGAAGAGAGUGGCAUUCAUAUACUUGGAUACCUUCCAAGGCCAGGAUCUGAUAUGGAAGUUACAGGACGUGCAGUGAAUGAUCGAUGUUUUAUAUUUUUUAAUGGAAGGCCUGUUUACAUGAAACAAAUAUCUCAGGUACAGAAAAUGCAUCUUUAUUGCUAGAUAUAGUUUAAAAAAUAUUUUGAAUCAUUGAACAACAGGUUAUUGGAUAGUUCAGCUUCAAGCUCUUUGCGGGCCAUUAUGAUCUGUUCUUGUGAAAGAAAUUUUAAAUUUUAAACUACUUUUCGCUGCUAAGGAGUACGAUUAACUCCUGUACUAGUAAACUAUCUGGGUGAAAAGUUUGUUGUGUAUACAGUAUCAACCCUUUACACCCUAACAUCAGUAGACAUAUUCUCCAUACUGUUCUUAAUACAUUCCCUAAGGUGCUGAUAAGGAGAAUUUGCUUAACAAUCUGGAGCUUCUAUCAUUGGUAAUCAUUUCCUUUUUUUUGAGGUGAUAUUGUAAGAAGAAAUUAGAUGUUAAUCACUUGGAGGGGUUAAAGGGUUAACCUUUUACACUCUAACAUCAGUAUGUAUUUUCUCCAUACUGAUCUCUGUACAGACAAGGGGAAUUUAUUUAGCAAUCAAGGAUGUCUUUUGUUGGUGAUCAUUCCUUUAUUCUCAUGACCUAAAUGUAUGAUUCAUGGGUGUUAUGGUAGAGGGAAAUUAUAUGCUGGUCACUCUUAGUGUUCAAAGGGUUAAAAUCAGAAUUUAAAAAAAUUAUCUCUAAAUCUCUAUCUCUAUCAAAAUGCUGACUGGUGAAUUUUAAUAAGAAUAUAUCACAAAAGCACUGUCCCAGUUCAUAAUAAUAACCAUGUGGAAACAACAAGAAAACUUCUGUUGCUUGAGAAAAAUGUGGUGGGAAUCUCGGAUGGUGUUAACUUUUUGGAAAUAGUGUAAUUUUGCACAAGACUAUAAGGAUUAUUCCCAUGCAAAUAUUACUGGUAGCUAUGCACUUGGUACAGCGUAGCUUCAUGCUUUGGAACGAGUUUGAAGACAAGCUUUACAAACUGCAGCUGCAGGUUUUCACACUGAUUUUAUGUUUUUAAUCACAGUUGAUCAAGCAGUACUACAACAGACAAGUAACUGUUGCAUCAAACAGAUACCCUGUUGCUUUUCUAAGCAUCACGAUACCUCCUGAAGGCCUGGACGUCAAUCUGGAACCCAACAAAACUAGUGUGAUGUUAACAAACCAAGAUGAACUAAUGACAGUUUUGACAAAGCUGUUGGAUGAGUUUUAUUCAGAGGAGAACAACACACUCCCUAGUUGUGAUGUUGCUUUAGAGAACAGAAUAGUUGCUACUGAUAAACUUGGUGACAUUACUAACACUUGUAGUAUGAAUGGGGAGAUAAGAACCAAGACAUCUGGGGAUGCUAGAGCAAUAAACAAUCAACAAGGCAUGAGUGUUCAAUUGGACAGCAAUGUUGUACAUGAUAACAUGCAAAACAAGGAACAAGAUAUUGACAAUAACCAUAGUAAGCUAGCAAACAUUUUUGAUACAACUGGCAAUAGAAUCCCCACAAGUACUUCAAGCAAGGAGAAAGAUUUGCUGCUGGAGGAAUCAUCUUGUCAUGAACCAACAAAUCAAAGCAACCAAGGGAAAGAUGCACUAAAAUCUUCUACUCAAUCAACAGAAAAUGGUGAAUCAGUAGAUGACGUUCCUGUAUUAUGUUUAUUUUCCCCGUUACAGAAAAACUCAGGAAUUUUGAAUAACAAAGACUCAUUCCAGUCAAAUAUUUUGCCGUCUAAAGCACUCUGUGAGUCAUUAAGUGACAAGACCUUGGCUGAAAUGAAUGAAUCAGUUAAUAAUAUUGACAAAACAUUGUUUAAUUCUUUCAAAGAGAUUCCUGGAAACACUGCUGAAAGUGGUGGCAUUGAAGUUGCUGAAAGAAAUUCAGUUUUGAACAAUGCUAAUGGCAACAAAUCAGUACCAUUUGCAAAAACAACUCGCUCUGAAAAUGGCCCAGAUGCAGCCAAUAAGGAAAAAUUACUGGAAAAACAACAGGAAUUGUCUGGGAAUAAAAGUUUGACAUCUGCUGCUGCUAGCAGUCCUUCAGAGAGAAACUUGUUUUCACUUAGUCUGGAUGAUUUGUUUGAGGAUUCUGACUUAGAUACCACUGGUCCAUUGGAUGAUGUUUUCUCUGCCAAGAAGUCUACUCAACAAAAUUUGACGUUGACUUUGAAUAAUGAGAGAACAACAUGUGGUGAGGAAAUCUCUAAAGGACAUUCAUUUGAAGGCACCAAGGUGCAAUAUACUGACAAGCAAUGGAGUAUGGGAGGUGGAAUUGUUGACAAGCUUGGGAAUCCUGUGCAGGUAAAAAUAGUAAGCAAUAUACCAUAAUUUUUUUUUGGCUAUAAGGUGCACUCAGUUAUAAGACGCAUUUGGAAUUUUUUGACUUGUUUCUUUCAAGUUUACAAACUGAAAAUUUUGCUUAAAUACUCAGUUAAAAGACAAAACAUUAGCAUUUUCGAAGUUCCCAAUACAGUCAUGCCAUCCUUUUUUUAACAAAAGUCACACAUUGGCAAGAACAAAAAAAAAAUCAAUUACCUUUAGUGUGAACUAGAGAUAAUUAUAGAUAAAUACAGUCUGCCUUCCAAGGAAACAGUGUUACUUUCUAAAGCUAUGAAUACUAAUUGACCCAGUUUAAGCUUUGUAAGCAUUUCUCAUCUGGUCAAACUCCUUAUUGUAAAACUUCAUUCACAGUGGUUCAGUAAGCAUUGCUAAGUUCCAAAACAAAAAUCAUGCUUUGUAUGCAAUGUUAUUCUUACGAUCUGAACUUUGAGUUGAAAAUAGUAGCAGAAGUAGAAGCAAUGAAAAACAAUCCCCUUAAAAAGCAAUCCCCUUAAAAAACAAUCCCCUUAAAAAACAAUCCCCUUAAAAAACAAUCCCCUUAAAAAACAAUCCCCUUAAAAAGCAAUCCCCUUAAAAAUGUAGUUGACAUACUGUAAUUUCUUUGUUACACAAAAAAAAAUUUACCCAAAUUUCUGGAGAGGCAAAUGAAAGGAGGGGGGGGGGGUGGUGGGGUUCUUAAAACCAUUACCCCAAUUAUGAUCAAAGUGAGUGAUCCCCCACACUCUCUUUACGAGCUGAGAACAGUAAACUAUUCAUGUUCUCAGACCCACUUCUGAAGAACGUGAAAACCUUUACCCAAUUUUUGGACCAAAUGUUUUAAUCUUUUCCCAGUUUCAAACCAUCGGGGUCAGAAUGCAUCAUGAUCAUUUUUUCCAUGGGCAAACUUACAUGUACAGGAUUGUAUGUUUUUUUCAGUCUCUAGUGUCGUUAAGGGAGUAAUCCACCCUCCCCGCCCUACCUCUAUUCAGUUACUCCAUUUCCCAGGUAAUGCAAUGAUCACACAGGUGAACUUUGCCACCAGAAAAGACAGGUCCAAUGUAGAAGUGCACAACUUGUAUUUGGGAGGCCAGGUGCAAAUUUAGUUGUAGUAGCUUGAAUUUUUUUCCAGGCUCCUUGAAGUUUAGCUGUGAGGAUCAUUGUUUCAGUGAUUUUUAUCCUCAGGUCAAAUGAAAAUUGUGCUUGUAAAUCAUAUUUUUAGGGCAAUUACUUGUUGAUGAAUUAUUUCCAUAGAUUAUUAUUUGAAAUCAAGAUUGUCCAUUGACAUAAGUAUUCCAACAAAGCAAUACCUAAUUCAUAGAAUAAAGUUAUAUACAAGAUGUCUGUUGAUCUAAACUGUAAGGGUUUCAUAUUGUUGCAGCCUGUGUCAUUAGUGACCCCUGGUCCUUUGAGAACACUGUCUUUGAAAAGGACUCCAUUACCUCAUCUCAGAAAGAGGAAACACUCAUCUGAACAGGUGAAUUUUUCUGUACACUUGUCAACAGCGUUCAUUCAGAUAAAAAAACAGACACCUUUAUUUAAUUUUAAGACUGCUGAUGGUUCUUUCAAGAGCUUGAAAGCAACCUGAAGUAAAGUCAAGGACUGAAACAACUGGAAAAUCAUGGAAUUCCACAAUUAAAAGUUUCCAUGUCUAAGGAAAUCAUAGAAUUUGGUUACCAUGUUUCCUCAAAUAAGUGUUCAUACUCUUAAUAGUUCCCUACCCUAAAUUACCCCCCACCCAAUGGAGUGCCCACCCCCUAGGCCCUAAUGUCAAAUAAACAGUCCACAAAUAAGUACACACCCCCCCCCUUCCCUCACCUUCUUAAACAGUAAGUAUGCAAGGAAAACCUGUCUCUAUUGCCACUUUUUAAAAAUAACUUUCUAAGCUUCAACUGCAAUGGAAUCAGUACAAGAAUAUAGUAUGUGCCUCCCCUCUACAUCUUCCUUCCAAUAAGCACCCCUCCUUUCAGCUAAAAUAUUUAAUAAGCCUCCAGGUAUGCGCUAAGGAAAGUGAAGAAAAAUGAAAAACAACAACAACAAAAAAAUGAUUAUGAAAACAUCAAUACAUGAUUGUAUUCACAUCAUUUUUGAAGCAUCUUCAAGGUUUUAGAUCUUGAAGAAUACCAAAAAAGGUUUGUGGAAAAUCAAGGAUGUUUGUGGGUUAGCAAUUUGAACAGCAAAGAUAGUUUUUGAAACUCUUAAAUGAAAAGUUUGUCCUUUUUACUCUUUUUUGGUUGUAGGACAGGUCAAGGCUGUCACUAUCCAGCAAGAAAAUAAAGAAAAUGCCAGAAGUGAGUUUUGCAGUUUCAAAUUACAUGGCCAUUGUAUAAAGUUGUUCUUUGACUGGCCAUCUGACUCUCAACUUAUUUACCAGUACUUGCACUGAAGGAUGUCCAAUACCUAGAACAUCAUCUAUUGAAAAUAAUUUUCCUACAAUGGUCAAUAUGUCUGUACAUGUAUUGGCUUUAAGUUAAUGAUCAACCAAGUGCUUCUUUGCUCUUAACAAUCAUACCAAUUAUUGUGAUUUUUCAAAAUUUUCUCCUGAAAGUAGGUUAUUUACAUAUCUUUCUGAGUUGCUGUUUAUUUCCUGGGUCUGGUUUUUGUUCUGAGUGUUAGUGUUUUUUUUUUUUUGGUUUUUUUUUCCUGUCACUAUGGUAACAUUUGUCACUUACACUAGCUGAACCAUUGGGAUAUGCAGCAGACUCUCAGGAGGGGAAGGUGUUGUUCUAGAUUUCGCUAUAUUUGGAGGGAAUGCAUGAGGUGUCAUUAGAUCUCGAUAACAUGACAUCAAUGCCCAUACGUACAUGUACCUUCAUAAAGUUUGCAUGUACCUCAAUACCUCAUUUUGUAUUAAUUUGUUAAUUAAUUUUUGCCAUCUCAUUACUAGAUAACUAAUCAACCCCUGAUAAACAAAGUUAUGUCACCAAAUCCUCUUCAAAGAAAACUUCUCUACAAGAAAAAGGAAGUUCAGUUUAGCCUGGGCGACUUAAAGAACUUGGCAAAAAGGAGAGCUAAAGUAGCAAGGUAUGAACACAUCUUAGACAGGUGAUAGGAUAAUGCUAUAGGUUGGAGAGCUUUUGGGCUUCAUGACAUAGUAAUUGGUGAACCUCCACAUCCUAACAUCAGUGUGCAUAUUCUCCACACUGUUCUCAAAACAUUUUCCAAGGUGCUGACAAGGAGAAUUUGUUGAACAUUCUUUUAUUUUGUGACUUGUGUUGACUCACGGAUGAUAUUGUAGGGGAAAUUAGAUGCUAGUCACUCUUAGGUGUCAAAGGGUUAAUAAAUAAGUAAUCUAUAAUGAUUAGAAUUUUCUUAUCAGAACACUUGCUGGGGGAAUCGAAUUUCCAUAAGUAAGAAUUAAACUCAAUAUUUAUUUAUAUAUUUGAUUUGUUGGCUUUUGAAUCUGAAGCUUUCUGAAUUUUUUUUUUUUUUUUUUUUUUUUCUAUUUACUUCUGUUUAUUUAGUCAUGUUUUCAGGUCACUUUAAAUUUGUGUUUUCGUGUUAUGUCUCUUCGUAGCUAUUUAGAGGAUCAUUUCAAUACAGACCAUUUGAUUGGUCGGCUGGAUCCCUGGGGAGUUUGGCUAAUGCAGAAAGGAAAGGAUCUUGUUUGUGUCAAUCAGUACAGGUAAAGAAAAAAAAAAUGGUUAUUCUCCUAGUUUGUCAUGGAAUUUGUCUAACUCAAAAUGAUAGUAAAGAAUUUAGACAACAAGCAGUCCUUCCUUUUCAGCGAAGUUAGUCAUGCGAGUCAGGAGGAAAAGGCGAAAAAGAUCUUAGCGCGGCGCGCGGAACUGUGGGAGUGAGGUGCAUAUACAAAAGGGUCUCUACCUCUAUGCUUUCCAAUCUCAGAUUGCCACGCGGCACGCCGAUAUAUAUAUUUUUUUCGUCCCUUUUUUUUUUUUUUCACUCGCGUAACAGAUUUCGCUAAAAAUAAAGGCACUGCUCCUAAGCUGGGUAGAAUUUUGUGGUUCAUCAAUUGUUUCUUUUCGCUGCAGAGUACAAGAGCAGCUUCUCUUCCAACGACUGAUGGCUUGUCAUUCUCUUCCAAAAGAAAGGCUGGAUCAUCCCGUCAUUUUAAAUGAGAGGUACGCAUGCACAUUUAUACACGUUUUUUGUGACACUGAAUAGAUCGACUUUCAAUAAAGUAUUUAUGUAUCCUGGACUAUUUUGGUUUGAAAUAUCGUACUCAUAGUGCUAUGGACAAUUUGUACUAGCCUCUCAUCAGACUAUGAGCAGUCCUUCCUUUUUUUGAAGUUCGUCGCGCAUAUUGAAAAAGUCAGCGAAAAAAAGUUAGGUUGAUGUUAGUGCGCUACGCGCAACCCUGGGAGCGAGACACGCGAUUUUUCACACGAUUCUCUGAGUUCUACACGGCACGAUUUCCUUGCCUUGCGUAACGGGCUUCGUCGAAAAAGAGGGACUACUCGUAGUCAAUACGAUAAAAAACAAAAACUUAUCUCAAGUGAAGUUUAACUUGAAGUUAGUAACGCUUGUUUACAUAAGUUCUCAUUGACCCCUUGGUGCUGAAGAGAUCUAUCUCAGAGAAAAAUAGAAAGGAACUACUCACCAGCUUAAUUAUGUUCAACCUUUUUAUGGAGACUAUACGUGUAGAGAACAGGAAUCCACCGAUGCCUUGCAAAUGAAACCUGUUUGAGAGCACUUCAUCAACACGGAAAAUCUAAUAAUAAAAUAACAGGCUGCAGGUUCCUUUUUGUCUCAGAAAUUAUGGCAAAAUUUUUUAAAGUCUGUUUUGAAAUCACUUCACUUCUUUCAGGGCUUCAGUGAAUCAAAUUUACGAUGCAGUUUGCGAAAUGAUGUUUAGAUUUAAUUAGACAUUACAUUUCUUUUCGCAUUUUCUUUUCUUUCAGAAGUGUUGGUGGUCCAGAUUGUUGGAGAAUGUUGUGUAAUUUGAGUGUUAAUUGUGACCCACCGGACACCACAAGGUAUGACGGGAAGAACACAGUGGUCAAACGUUUGGCGUGCGUGAGGGGAUCAAUUCUGAUUGGCUGCGCGCCUAUUUCCCAAUUUCCCUCGAAAAAUUUCAAAGGAAAAUAUAGCAAAAAAACCAGUCUCACAAAAUAAGCGAAAGAAAAAAUAAUUUUGUUUUGAGCUUUACCAAAAAUGUUAGACUCUUUAAACACCAUGACUUGCUGGCUUGUGUGAUUUAAAAAUGAACUUAUACUUUACCUACGAGUCUCGCAAUACUCUAAAGUCACCUUAGAAACUGAACAUGAAACACAGCGUUAAAUUAGAAAUAGAAAUUUACAAAAUUAGCCGUCGUCGUUCGCGUUCUCCAGACAACGUAAAGUUUGGUCAUUCCACGUUGUUGAUUUUCAGAGGAAGCAAAGAAAUUUACAAAGAUUUUUAACGCACGUGCACAGCCAUUGUUCUGCUCAUUAAACCUUUCUGUUUAGUGACGUUCCCGUUGUCGUUGUCGUCGUGGUUUUCUUGAACUCCUUAAUAAGAAAAUGCACCUGUUUUCGUAUACUCGUAUUCAAAGUAAAGCGUUUUAGCGUAGGAGUAGCAAUCGAUCGGGUAUUCUGGUCGACCGAGUGAAGGUAGCCCCGAGAAGGACUCUUGUCGGUGGUGAAUGACAUUUUGAUAACCCUAUCGGAAGUCAUCGUCAGAGCCAAAUAAAGAUUUGGGAUCGAUGUCAGUUUUUAAGCAACAGCGCACUUACCCCUCCCCUAACCUUACAUUAAACUUUAAACUUUAGGGAAAGGGUUAGUGCGAAGUUGAUACUGACAUUGAUCCAGAAUUUUUUUGUCAGCCGAGUGCAAUAAAGAAUAUUGGGAAACAGAGGAAAUUUUCUUUUCCAGCUCAAGGAUAAAAUACUUUUGUCUUUGAUAGAUGGAUCGAUGACGGACGACUAACAGCAAAUGGAUUCGAUAUCUGUUUAAAAAACGGUAAGGCUUUAGGAAUAAUUCCUAAGUAUAAUCACUAGGACUCUUUUGGUACUCAAAAGGGCAUAAUUUUUUUAUGCUGAUUGAGCCUUUUUACUGUUUGCGGCAGCGAUUCAUUGAUUGAAAUUUAACUGAAUGAAGCUGUGUAACGUUGUUAACGAAAUAUUCAUUGAACCUAUUGAUCAGUUACGUUUGUUUCCAGAUGUUGAAAGUGGAGAGACCAAAGUAGAGUUACAUAGAAUAUCUACUAGCAUACCCUUUUAUGGAGUGCCAGAUUUGGUAGAAGUUCUCGGUAAGAUGCGACCUCACAGUUUGCCCUGUAAUCCGUUUAUUAUCGUUUGUAUGUAUAGUCUAUAGUCUUUGUCACGAACCCAUAGUCUUGCGCCACGUAACUUUGAUUUAGUCGUAUCUUGUGUACGUAUUUCAAGUUUAAGAACAUGCUCAAGGGUCAGUUCAGAACGUGUUAAUUUGUUCCGUUGUUUUUUUUGUUUUUGUUGUGGUUGUUAUUGUUGUUAUGUUUUGUUGUAGUUUUUCGGUUAUUGUUGUUGCGCCUAAGCUUAUUCGGGUCUCCGCUGGAUUAAGCGACUAAUAGUGUUGAUACUCUUCAUUCCCCUCCUCACGCGGUGCAAUAAAGAUUUAUUACCCGCCUCUCCUUUCUUAAUUGGAUCUCAUAAAGCCUACACAAAAAGUAAGAAGGACAUUUUGCUGUUUACGUUUCCUGUGAACUUCGUUUGUAUUUGUGUCACCUGAAUUUAUCAUUUACAGACAUUUCCUCUCUUUCAGAGUUUAUUUGUCAAAAGGACGGCGGCGAUUCCAAUUCUCUGUCAAAGUUCCGACCUUUUAAAGUUAUCCAUUAUCUCCAGGUAUUGCAUCAGUUUCUCAAUAAAAUAUUUCAUACAGGAAAAUAACGAAAACGCGAUUCACACGCGUGAGACAUUAGGCGCCCUUUUUCCUCUUUGUUUCUCCUGGUGCAUUGGUUUGUACAGUACAUUUUAAAGAAAAGUAUAUCAAAUUUCCUUAGCACUUCAGACUUUUGUUUGAUAUUGAAAUCUAUUUUCAGGGUGAAGCGGUUCGCGUUGCUCGUUCGCUCAGUUCCCGGAUGAACAGAAGUGAAGUGGAUGAGCUACUAUCUCGGAUGGACAAAGAAAUUCCUCUGGAUUUGAGAAAAUGUGUGCAUGAUCGUCCAUUUUUUUUAACAAUCGCGCAAAUCCCUGAAUGAAACAAAUUGUUUUAAGAGAAAUCAUUCUAGUCUUUCAACAGUAAACUAUGUCUGCGCUUGUUUCUUUUGAGGAAAGCAGCCAUACAUGUAGAAACAAAAGACACAUACGAUCGUGUAGUUUGAUCGUCCGGGUGACAGUGGUCCCAAAAAGGACUUCUGUUGUUAGUGGUGACUGACGUGUCGGCAACCGUAACGGAAGUAAUUAUCACUAGAGUGGAUUGAAGAGUUGUUGUUAGUCGAGUGUGAUGCGUCCAGUUCGUGUGAACGGGAUAGUCAGUUUAGCCGUAAUGUUAUUGGCUAUAAGAUUCAAGUGGUGUAAGUCGGUCGAGAUUGGUAUAAUGAGCUCGUUCUGUUCGGUUCGCUGCUUGAAUACAUGUCGUGAAUACCGUGCAAGUAGUUUGAAUAGUGCCGGUAGUGACACCUGUCGAGGGG